GAGCGCGCACACGCGCCGGCGAACCCGGAAGUGCCCGUGCGGCGGAGCCGGAGCGGGAGGGGCUGCCUGCGCGGGGCUCGGGCGGCCCGGCCGGCCCGGUGGGGGCGGUGGCUGUGCGGGGGGCGCGGAGCCUUCGGAAGUGCUUGGAAGGGCAGUGCUUGACCUGUAAUACAGAUAUCCUCCAGAAUGCUGGAGUCCUAUGUAACUCCUAUUUUGAUGAGUUACGUGAAUCGCUACAUAAAGAACUUGAAGCCUUCAGAUCUACAGUUGUCACUGUGGGGAGGAGAUGUUGUACUUAGUAAACUUGAGUUAAAGCUGGAUGUACUUGAACAGGAGCUGAAACUACCGUUUACUUUUUUAAGUGGGCAUAUUCAUGAACUUCGGAUUCAUGUACCAUGGACAAAAUUGGGAUCAGAACCAGUUGUCAUCACUAUCAAUACAAUGGAAUGCAUCUUAAAAUUAAAGGAUGGAGCUCAGCAAGAAGACCAUGAAAGUUGUGGUUCCAGUUCAACAAACCGCAGUACCACAGAAAGCAUCAAGUCAGCAGUAAAACCACGACGAGUUCAGCAGUCUGCUUCUCCUGACUCCGAUUUACCUCCAGGUUAUGUUCAGAGUUUGAUUAGGCGUGUUGUAAACAAUGUCAACAUUGUGAUCAACAAUCUCAUAUUAAAGUAUGUGGAGGAUGAUAUUGUUCUGUCAGUCAACAUCACUUCUGCAGAAUGCUAUACAGUGGAUGAGUUUUGGGAUCGAGCAUUUAUGGACAUAUCUGCCACCGAUCUGGUACUGAGAAAGAUGAUCAACUUCUCUGACUGCACAGUAUGUCUUGAUAAGAGAAAUGCUAGUGGUAAAAUUGAAUUUUACCAGGAACCUCUGCUCUACAAAUGUUCCUUCAAGACUCGUAUGCAUUUUACUUAUGACAACCUCAACUCCAAAAUGCCAUCUAUUAUUAAAAUUCACACAUUAGUUGAAAGUUUGAAACUUUCCAUCUCUGAUCAGCAACUUCCUAUGUUUAUACGUGUAAUGCAACUUGGGAUUGCUCUUUAUUAUGGAGAAAUAGGCAACUUCAAAGAUGGGGAAGGUGAAGAUUUGAUUUGCCACACUAAAGAUAUAUUGGGAAAUAUCACAGGCACAGAAGAUGAAACAAGCUCUGUGAUGCAACAUUCUACACAUUAUAUUAAUCAAGACCCUUAUUUGCAUCAAGACGAUGACCAGCAGCAAGGGUGGGUUUCUUGGGCUUGGUCUUUGGUUCCUGCUAUUGUGAGUUAUGAUGAUGAAGAGAAUGAUUCUAGUGGAACUGAUGAUGGAACAAUGCUACAUCAGCAGAAAUCUCAGUCCCUCAAGGAUCCCGUUAUUUCAAUUGGGUUUUACUGUACAAAGGCAACAGUGACAUUUAAGCUCACUGAAAUGCAAGCUGAAAGUAGUUAUUACAGCCCUCAGAAAGUAAAAUCCAAAGAAGUUAUAUGCUGGGAACAAGAAGGAACCACGGUUGAGGUCCUUAUGAAAGGUGAACUUUUCUUUGAUUGCCAAAUAGGUUUUGUUGGUUGCCAAGCUAUAUGCCUUAAAGGAAUAAUGGGAAUUAAAGAUUUUGAAGACAACGUGAGUAGGAGUGAUGAAGAGGCCUACUUCUUUAACUGUGGAGAAAAUUUGAGCGCAAAAGGGAUGACAUACCUUACCAACUCACUAUUUGAUUACAGAAGUCCAGAAAAUAAUAGUAUACGUGCGGAAUUUAUAUUGGAUGCAGCUCAUCAUAAGGAGAUGUACACAGAGGUAGCUGGAAUGCAGAGGUUUGGGGCUUUCUACAUGGAUUACUUGUACACAAUGGAAAGCACCAGUAGCAAAGUUUCUGGAAAUCAGCAAGACCUUUCUUCAGUAAAGAGUGAAGAAUUUGGAAAUGUUCAGGAGAUGUCUACAAAAAACCUUAUUGUGGGCCCACUCAAUCUUCGAUUGGAUAGCAGUGCGGUACACCGGAUAAUGAAAAUGAUAGUUUGUGCUCUGGAACAUGAAUAUGAGCCAUACAGCAGAACUAAUCCAGAUAUUAUGGAUGGAAACAGAACUAUGCCAAGCUCGGAGGAAGUAGUAUCAUUGGAGGAAUACAUUCCCACUCGACUUACAACAUUCACUGUUCUUAAAUGUACAAUUAUAAUCCCUGUGGCAGAAUUCAAUUUGCUAGACCACUUGAUGCCUGUAAUCAUGGGUGAGAAGAACUUAAGUGGACUGUUAAAUGCUGCAAGCUUCCAGCCCCUGCGGCCUUUACCUUCCAUCCGAAUUUUGGUGGAUAAGGUUAACUUGGAGUACUCAAUGCCAAUGUACGCCGAGCAACUGGUGCAUGUGGUCAGCAACCUCAGCCAGCCAUCUGACAACCUGCUUCAUUACUGUUACUCACACUGCUAUCUGAAGAUAUUUGGUUUUCAAGCAGCACUGACUUCUUUGGACAAUAAAGGAUUGUACUGCAUGCCUGUUUCAGUUAUCCCCUCAUUCAGUACUGCUGUUUAUGGCAAGCAGAUCAAGUUUCCUAAAUAUUGGACCAAGCGAGCUCGUGUCCCACUAACAGAAUGCAUAUUUGAGCUUCCUAAUUUAACGAUUCAAGCAACUAGAGCUCAAACCCUUUUACUUCAAACUAUUUAUCAGAGCUGGUGUCAUCCUGUUGGAAAUGUCAGUUCGGUGGUGGUAAAUGAAGCUUUACUGAAUGAGGUUUUCCAAACUUCAGGUGUGAAAUCUAAGAAUCCCCUGCCAACUCUUGAGGGCUCAAUCCAGAAUGUUGAAUUGAAGUACUGCGGCACAUCAUUGGUCAAAUGUGCCUCUGGGACCGUGGGAUCAAUAAAAAUUUGUGCCAAAGCCCCAGGUGAUGGUGGAAAAGAGAAGCUGAUUCCUUUAAUUCAAGGCCCUUCUGACACCAGAGACUUACACAGCAGUAAAUGGCUCAAUGAGAGCAGAAAGCCAGAAUCUCUCUUAGCUCCAGAUUUGGUAGCCUUUACAAUUCAAAUUCCACAGUAUAUGGACUACUGCCAUAAUUCUGGUGCAGUACUCUUGUCCAGCAUACAGGGAUUAGCAAUUAAUGUUGAUCCAGUCCUGUAUAGCUGGCUCAUCUACCAACCGCAGAAACGAGCUAGUAGACACAUUCAACAGCAGUCUGUUGGAACUGUUCCGCUUGGUGUGUCAGUAACUCGAAAAAAAGAGGAUGAAGCAUCAGUUGGAAGUGCACCUUUGGCAAGGCAGCAGUCAAAUCAAGCCUCUGAGUAUGCUAGCAGUCCUGUCAAAACAAAAACAGUAACAGAAUCUCGUCCUUUGUCACUUCCUGUGAAAACCAUGCUGAACUCAUCUGAAAGCUGCAGAAGUCCUGAAGAAAGAAUGAAGGAAUUUAUUGGAAUAGUGUGGAAUGCAGUUAAGUGCCUUACACUUCAGCUUGAAGUGCAAUCUUGUUGUGUAUUCUUUCCGAAUGAGAGCCUGCCUUCCCCAAGUACUAUUGUAUCGGGCGACAUUCCUGGGACUGUGCGAAGCUGGUACCAUGGACAAGCCAGUAUGCCUGGCACACUUGUUGUCUGCUUGCCCCAAAUAAAGAUUAUGAGUGCUGGACACAAACACAUGGAACCACUGCAGGAGAUUCCCUUUGUUGUGCUGAGACCUAUUCUGGAAGAAGGUGAUGCUUUUCCGUGGACUAUUAGUCUGCAUCAUUUCAGUAUAUAUACUCUUCUCGGACAACAGAUGACACUUAAUUUAGUGGAACCAAUGGGCUGUACUUCUACUUUAGCUGUUACUUCACAGAAACUGCUUGCUUCGGGGCCAGAAUCCAGACACUCAUUUGUUGUCUGCCUCCAUGUCGACCUUGAGUCCCUUGAAAUAAAAUGCUCCAACCCCCAGAUGCAGCUUCUAUAUGAAUUGGCUGAGAUCACAAGUAAAGUUUGGAAUAAAGUUCAGAGGAAAGGAAUUCUAUAUCAGUCUUCUGUCUAUACUGAAACCAUGACAGGACCUGUUCCUCCUAGCUCUCCAGUUAAAAGUAGCAUUGGUACCGCUCCACCAGAUACCAGCACAUACAGCCCAUCUGCUGACAUUGGGACCACUACAGAGGGUGAUUCUCUUCAGGGUGGAGAUGAUUCUCCGUUCUCAGACUCCAUUACCUUGGAACAAACAACAAGUAAUAUUGGAGUCUCAAGUGGACGUGUCAGCCUAUGGAUGCAGUGGAUGUUGCCAAAAAUUACUAUAAAAUUGUUUGCUCCUGAUCCUAGAAAUAAUGGCACAGAGGUUUGUGUUGUCAGUGAAUUAGAAGAUCUCAGUGCCUCAGUGGAUAUGCAGGAUGUUUAUACCAAAAUCAAAUGUAAAAUAGAAAGCUUUAAUAUUGACCAUUACAGAAACAGCUUUGGGGAAGAUUCUUGGUCUCUGGGGCAAUAUGGAGGUGUGUUCCUUUCCUGUACUGACAAGCUGAACAGACGUACCUUGUUGGUUCGACCCAUCAGCAAGCAGGACCCUUUCAGUAAUUUCUCUGGCUUCUUCCCCUCUACAACUGCAAAACUUUUAGAUGGCUCACACCAACAGCAUGGAUUUCUUUCUCUCACUUACACCAAAGCUGUGACAAAAAACGUCCGGCAUAAACUGAUAUCAAGAAAUGAGCGAAGAACAUUCCAUAAGCUAUCAGAAGGUCACACUGAUGGUUCUCCUCACUUUCUUCAUGAGAUCCUUCUCUCUGCUCAAGCCUUUGAUGUGGUCCUCUGUUUUCCUUUGCUUAAUGCGAUUGCAAGUAUUUUUCAAGCCAGGUUGUCAAGGAGCCAAAAGGAGAAAAGAAAAUCACCAGGCCAACCUAUGAGGACUCAUGCUCUAACUUCCCGCAACUUGCCAUUGAUUUAUAUCAACACUGGUGUAAUAAGAGUCUUCUUUCCCAAAAAUGAGGAAGAUCAUCAUACUACAGAAGCUAAUCCAGCAAUUAAAGAAGACACUUUGGUUCUCAAGAUUGGAUCUGUCUCUAUGGCUCCUCAGGCUGACAACCCCCUUAGUAGAGCUGUGCUCAGAAAAGACAUUUAUCAGAGAGCACUGAAUCUAGGAAUACUUCGAGACCCUGGAUCAGAGGUUGAAGACAGACAAUAUCAAAUAGAUCUUCAAUCUAUAAACAUUGGUACUGCUCAUUGGAAUCAGUUGAAACCAGAGAAGGAAAAUGGAAAAGGAGGGGUUUUGACAGAGAGUGAAAGAAAUUCUCAAAAUCCAGCACUUGAAUGGAACAUGGCCAGUAGCAUAAGGAGGCAACAGGAAAGGAGAGCAAUUUUAACUCCAAUUUUAACUGAUUUCACAGUUCGAAUAACUGCAGCUCCUGCAAUUAUUUUUACAAAAAUUGACACUACAGAGAAUUUACACCCAGAGGAAAUCUUGGUAUGUGGUCAUUCUUUGGAGGUGAAUGUGACAACAAACUUGGAUUUCUUUCUCAAUGUAGCUCAAGUACAACUUCUUCAGCAGCUGGUACAAGCCAAUAUGGUUGGACUGGAACCUUCCAGUAGCACUACCGAGGUUUCCAAACAGGAGCAGAAAAGAAUGGAUGUGUCUGAUGGAGGAACAGUUGAGACUUCUUCCCGUUAUAGUGGCGCACAGGACAGUGGAAUUGGCAGUGACAGUGUUAAGAUCAGAAUUGUUCAGAUCGAGCAGCACAGUGGUACUAGCCAGCACCGCAUUGCCCGUCCUUCCCGCCAGUCUUCCAUUGUGAAGAAUCUCAAUUUCAUUCCCUUUGACAUUUUUGUUACAGCAAGUCGCAUCUCCUUGAUGACUUACUCAUGCACUGCCUUACCUAAAUCAAAAUCAGUACAAGAUCGGAAAGAUGGUGAGAAAAUAAGCAAAAGCUCCUUAAAUCUUCCAGAAGCAGGCUCAGGUGGCAGCCAUGGUACCAAGAAGCCCAGUCAGCCAUGCAUUUCCUCCGUCACAGCAGAUGAUCUUUUGAACAGUAACAUUCCUAUGUCUACUGGGAGAAAAACGGGUCUUUUGUCACUGGAAAGUCUGCAUGCUUCCACAAGAUCGUCUGCUCGACAAGCCCUGGGUAUAACUAUUGUUCGGCAGCCUGGCCGCAGGGGAACAGGGGACAUAGAACUGCAGCCGUUUCUCUACCUCGUGGUGUCACAGCCCUCUGUGCUCCUGAGCUGCCACCACAGAAAGCAAAAGGUAGAAAUAUCAGUGUUCGACGCUGGUCUUAAAGGAGUAUCCUCAGACUACAAGUGUACAGAUCCUGGGAAGACUCUACCAGAAGCUCUGGAUUAUUGCAAGAUCUGGUUGCAGACAGUAGCAGGAGAGGUAGAUGCUAAAAGUGGUAUUCCACCUCCUUUUAUCACUGUGCAAAUUAAAGACUUCCUUAAUGGACCAGCUGACAUAAAUGUGGACAUAUCAAAACCUUUAAAAGCAAAUCUCAGUUUUGUCAGACUUGAUCAAAUAAACCAGUUUUUUAAGCAAAUUGUAACCACAAAUGAUGAUGAGCCCAGGAAGGAGGCUGCUCCACCAGCUGGCAUUAUUCCAGAUGAAGAUGUCACUUCAAUAACCAAGCACUCCAGUACAAAGGAUUUCCUACCUGCUGCACACACCAAUGCUGUGCAAAAGGCUUCAGUACAAGAAAAUUUGUGGCAGGCCCUUUCCUGCUUCCAGAAGAUUUCCAUUCACACUGUUCAAGUGGUUAUUUUGAUGGAAACCAUCCCACAUCCCAGUAAACCUUGUUUGUUAGUCUCUUUAUCAAACCUCACUGGGAGCCUGAAUAUUAGAAGUGGACAUAAAAGUGCAGGAAUCCAUGGAUCAUCUUUUGUCCUUGACAUAAAAGAUUUCCUACUUAAAACAAGUCUCAAAGAAAGAGCCAGAUCUCUGAUGGGCCCUUUUUGCUGCUCUGUUAAUGUGGAAGCCAAGUGGUGUAAGCACAGUGGUGAUCCUGGCCCAGAGCAAUCUAUUCCAAAAAUAUACAUCGAUUUGAGAGGAGGACUGCUGCAGGUUUUCUGGGGUCAAGAGCAUUUGAACUGUUUAGUUCUUCUCCGGGAGCUUCUGUGGCAGUACCUUACUAAUAAGAGCAGUGUAGAGACAUUCGUAUCUGAACGUAUGCACCCCACUUGUUUUUCCAUGGAAAGGAAUCAAGCCUCAAAAACUGAGCAUACCUCAGAUGAUCUGAGAACAGGCCUGUUCCAGUAUAUACAAGAUGCAGAAGCACAAAAAUUGCCCAGUGCCUAUGAAGUUGUGUUUUACAAUGAAACUGAGGAUAGUCCAGGAAUGAUGUUGUGGAGGUACCCAGAACCCAGAGUGCUCACUCUUGUGAGAAUUAAUCCUGUUCCUUUUAAUACCACUGAAGACCCAGAUAUCAGCACUGCUGACCUUGGAGAUGUUCUUCAGAUUCCUUGCAGCUUGGAGUACUGGGAUGAGCUUCAGAAAUCAUUUGUUGCAUUCCGGGAAUUCAGUCUAUCAGAAAGCAAAGUCUGUGAACUACAGCUGCCCAGUAUCAACCUUGUGAAUGAUCAGAAAGAGCUCAUAGCCUCCGAUCUGUGGAGGAUUGUCCUGAACAGCAGUCAGAAUGUGGCUGAUGACCAAAGCUCAGAAAGUGAAUCUGGCUCACAAAGUGCAUGCGAUCAGCUUGUAACCCCCACCGCGCUAGCAGCCUGUACCAGGGUUGACUCCUGUUUUACUCCGUGGUUUGUGCCAUCACUGAGUGUGUCGAUCCAAUUUACCUGUUUGGAAGUCCACCUCUGCCAUCAUCUUGAUCAGCUAGGCACAGCUCUGCCAAAGUUUCUGCAGCCAUUUUUAUCUGAUAAGAACAUGCCAUCUGAACUAGAAUACAUGAUAAUUUCCUUGGAUGAGCCUCAUAUAUAUCUUCGUCAGUGGAGCGAUGAGUCGAUGUUCCAGGAGAUACAGUUUUCAGCUCAAGCUGACUGUAAACUUUUGGAGUGCCGAAACGUGACUAUGCAGAGUGUUGUGAAACCUUUCAAAAUCUGGGGGCAGACUGCUCUUUCAAGCAGCACAGUGGGAAGACUAUCGGACUGCACGAUAAUGGUGGACCCCAUUUUCAUCAACUUUGGCCAAUAUGCACUUCAUUCUCUAAAUAAAGCAAUUCAAGCUUGGCAGCAGAACCAAUGCCCUGAGGCAGAGGAGUUGGUCUUCAGCCAUUUUGUGAUCUGUAAUGACACACAAGAGACACUGCGGUUUGGCCAGGUGGAUACGGAUGAAAAUAUUUUGCUGGCUAGUCUCCACAGUCACCAGUACAGCUGGCGCUCUCACAAGUCCCCGCAGCUGUUACACAUCUGUAUUGAAGGCUGGGGAAACUGGCGGUGGUCUGAACCAUUCGGUGUGGACAAUACAGGGACUUUUAUUCGUACCAUUCAGUACAAGGGCUGGACAGCAUCACUUAUAAUCAAGGUUCAGCAGCUCAGUGGAGUGCAAAAGCAAAUCCUAAUCUGUGGAAGACAGACAGUCUGUAGUUACCUUUCCGAAAGUAUUGAACUGAAAGUGGUUCAGCACUACAUUAGUCAGGAUGGACAGGCCGUUGUUAAAGAACACAUCAACUGCCUUGCAGCCAAGCAGAAGUUGCCUUCAUAUGUCCUAGAAAACAACGAGCUGACCGAGCUGAGUGUGAAAGCUACAGGAGAUGAAGACUGGUCCCAGGACGUCUGUCUAAGUUCUAAACAUACAGAACACAGCACUGUCAUUCAGGUACCAUCUUCAAAGAGUUCAAUUACAUAUGUGUGGUGCACAAUUUUGACUUUAGAGCCCAACUCUCACGUGCAGCAACGAUUAAUUGUUUUCAGCCCUCUUUUCAUUGUAAGGAGCCAUCUUCCAGACCCAAUUAUCAUACAUUUGGAGAAAAGAAGUCUGAGACUGAAUGAAACACAAGUCAUUCCAGGGAAAGGACAAGAGAAAGCACUGCAAAAUAUAGAGCCUGAUCUUACACACCACCUGACAUUUCAAGCCAGGGAGGAAGACGAUCCAUCAGAGUGUGCAGUCCCUAUCUCAACCACACUAAUUAAACAGAUAACAACUAAAUCCCAUCCAGGUGGCAAUGUCAGCCAAAUACUGUCCGAGUUCUAUGGCACUGCUAAUCCUCCCCAGCCUGCAUGGCCAUAUAAUAGAAAGGAUUCAGACAGCAACGAACAGCUGUCCCAGUGGGAUAGCCCAAUGCGGGUAAAGCUGUCAGUGUGGAAACCGUGUGUUAAAACGCUGCUGAUAGAACUGCUGCCCUGGGCUUUGCUUAUCAAUCAGUCCAAGUGGGACCUCUGGCUGUUUGAAGGAGAGAAGAUCGUUCUUCAAGUACCUACUGGGAAAGUAAUUAUACCUCCCAACUUCGAGGAAGCUUUUCAGGUUGGAAUAUACUGGGCAAAUACUAAUACUGUGCAUAAAUCAGUGGCAAUUAAACUGGUUCAUAAUGUGACCUCCCCGAAAUGGAAGGACGCUGAUAAUGGGGAAGUAGUAACGUUGGACGAAGAAGGUUUUAUUGAAGCUGAAAUAAAACUUGGUGCUUUUCCAGGUCAUCAAAAGUUGUGUCAAUUCUGCAUUUCUUCGAUGGUUCGACAAGGUAUACAAAUUCUACAGAUAGAAGAUAAGACAACAAUAAUCAACGAUACAUCAUAUCAAAUCUAUUAUAGGCCACAGCUUUCUGUUUCCCAACCCCACUCAGGAAAAGAGAGCUUCCACUCACCAGACAGUACAGUGUUCAGCAUCAGUCCAGCUGGGGCACCACCCAGUGAGGGGCUGAGUGCUGUGCCCUGCUGGGACCUGAUGUCGGACACCAGUUCCUUAAAUUCAGGAGCGCCUCCUUCUGAAAAACGCAUGUUGCUGAGUUUCAGUCCAGGCAGCUACGGUGCGAGCUGCGAGCUGUGGAGCCUACCAGCUGUCAUUAAACAAGAGCUUGCUAGACAGAGCGUGGCAGUGCCCACAGGGGUUUGUACUGAAAGUGGAUUUUGUACCAGAGCUAUAGCACUGACUUAUCAAGAGCAUCUUGGCGUGACAUACCUAACACUUACAGAAGAUCCUAGUCCUCGUAUAAUUAUCCAUAAUAGGUGUUCUGUUCCAUUGCUUGUGAAAGAAAACUUGAAAGAUACACCGAAGUUUGAAGUUUACUGUAGAAAGAUUCCAGCUGAAUGUUCGGUUCAUCAUGAACUUUACCAUCAAGUCUCCAGCUACCCGGAUUGCAAAACAAGAGAUUUGUUGCCCAGCAUUCUGCUGAAAGUGAUGUCAUCCGAUGAAUUAGUAAAUGAAUGGAGUGAUUUUGUGGACAUCAACAAUCAAGGAACACAAAUUGUGUUCUUAACUGGCUUUGGCUAUGUUUAUGUGGACAUUGCCCAUCAGUGUGGAACAAUAGUCAUAACCUUGGCCCCAGAAGGAAGAGCAGGACCUGUCGAGAUCAACCUCAACAGAAUUCAAGAGCAGACCUUGUCACUGAAAGUGUUCAUCAGUCAGUUAAGUCUUGCUGCUUUUGAUGAUAUUACAAACCACAAAGUGUCAUCUGAACUUCUGCGUCUCACAGCAGACAACAUUUUCCUCCACAUGGCCCCAACCACCAGCUACCCGAGACCCCUGUCACAGGAGUUCCCACGGGAUGCCAUAGAAGGCCUCCCACAAUUUCAUAGUCUCCAAGUGUAUUGUGAAGACUUGCAACUGGACAAUCAGUUGUACAGCAAAUCCAAUUUCCAUUUUGCAGUUCUGCUGUGCCAAGGAGAGAAAAAUGAGACCAUGCAGUGGUCCAGAGUGAACAACCUCGUUGUUUGUAACAAAGAUUUGGAAAGCUAUAAGGAAAACUGCUUUAUAAAACUCUGCAUUGUUUUUUCCAAGGAAGAGAAUUUCAUGUUUCACAUCAAUGACCUCAGCUUUGAGCUCAAACCAGCUAGGCUGUAUGUGGAGGACACCUUCAUUUACUACAUUAAGACUUUGUUUGAUACAUACCUUCCAGAAAACAAAACUGCUUGUCAGUCCAUGAAUACUUCAGAUACUACCCUGACACUGCCUGGACAAGUGAGAGAGCAUGCAAGAGCUUUAGUCAAGCCAGUGAAGUUAAGAAAAUUAACAAUACAACCUGUUAAUCUCCUUGUCAGUAUUCAUGCUUCAUUGAAACUGUAUAUAGCCUCAGAUCACACCCCUCUCUCCUUCUCUGUAUUUGAGCGAGGACCCAUCUUCACCACUGCCAGGCAACUUGUCCAUGCUUUGGCCAUGCAUUAUGCUGCUGGAGCACUUUUCAGAGCAGUCUGGGUUGUCGGUAGGCAUCACCUCUUCUCUGAAGAGAUUCUCAUCUCUUCACUACACGUGCGUGAGGUGUUCGCUGUUUGGCAAGUCAGCGUUGCUGCCUGUGCCUACAAAGUCACAGUGAGAACAGUUCCUUUGAUUCUGCUGUGAAUUCUGGUUUAACAGUUCAGUGGUGCUGAUGCGUGCUGCUUUCGGUGUCUUUCUUACCUUGCCACUUCUGAUGCAGUGGUUUGCUCGGCUGCUAGCUGUAUCUAGCUUAGAUCUUCUGUAUGCUGGCUUAGAUCUUCCUGCUUCUGCAAAAGCUAACUUUAAAAUGGAUCAGUGCUUUUGCUGAGAUUGGAUGCACCGAGUGUUCGCCAGUAAGAGCAUAAAACCUUCAUUUUCAUCUUGAAAGAUCUCUAAGCCAUUUGAAUACUGAGGUUUUGGAUGAAUUAUCUUCUUUUAAUGGUAGAAGAAUGUUAUAUUUCUACACUUUUGGGAAAUAAUGUUUUUAUUGUAUUAAAUUCUUAAGUGGAAUCAUAUGAGAGAUCAUUUCAAGAACGAACAUGCGUGUCCCGGUUGUUUUGUUUAUAAAAGUGCGUCAGGUAGUUCGUAGACUGCUAUACCAGAAAUUCACCCGUUUCAAAUAUAAGAAAAGAACAUGUAAAAGCCCGUGAAGUGUGAAGUGUGCCAAAACGUAGGGGAGGCUUCAGCACCUUCAGUAAAUUCCUAACUUUACUGAAGUCACUGAGGAGUUUUGCCGUUGAUUCCAGCAUAGCAAGGACUUCAUCUGUGUCUUGACGGCACUUGGAUUUUUCUGUGAAAGCUUUCUUUUAGUGCUGAAUUCUCUAUUUACAUUUAUUGUCUUUCCACUAACCUCAGUUUCACAGCGCACUGUUGACUGAAGUUGCCUUCUCUCACCACAGAGCUACAUGAGGCAUUACUUAAAUUUUGAUGCAAGUGGGCAAAGCUGAGCUUUUUUAUUCCUGAGUGCUGAGUGCUUGCUGGAGGCGCAUAUCAGACUGAAUCCAGACUAUCCUGCUCAGUCCAGAGCUACUGUCCUGGAGGGAAGAGGAAGAUAAUUUGUUCUCCCUAAGGCAUUUGAUGCACUCAACCCAUCCUAACCCUGAUUUUAACACCAGCCCAGACCUUUUUUCAUUAGGCUGCAGUGCGAUGGCUCUUGUCUCUGUAUCUGGCUAUCCACGGGUAAGGAGCGGGCUGCUGCUCUGGGGAGAGGGCUGCUUGCCCAAAGGCUGCUGCAAGAAGGUGAUGAGGCAGAGGUGCUGCCUGUCUGGAAGAAGAGAAGGGAAGGGACAGGGAGCCUAAUUCUAGUCCCCACUGCUGCUGCAGCUGAGAAUGUGCAGGAUUUCUGGGCAAGUGGCUCCCGUACACGCAGAGCCCAACCCUACGUGGCAGGUGCGGAGUCCAGCGUUCCCACAUACACUUUUUGGUACAUGCCGUAAAUGUGACCUGCUUUGGAGGUGCUGGACCAAAUAACAUGGUUGUUUCUGGAGUUCUGGAUAGAAAUAUGGGAGUUCUACUCCGGUGGCAUAGCAGUGCCAGGAGCUGUAAGCCUUGAGCCACUCCACCUCGGUACAGAAUCUCUUUUGCUGAUGCCAGCUCUUGAGAACACAGUGAAAAUCUAUGGCAUGAUAAAAGCGGUGAGGAGUGCCUGUGCCCCAGGUGGAGCAAAGUCAGUGACGGCAACACAGCAAAAGCUGAGCGAUGUUGUACAAAACAGACCUGGCAAAAUAUUCCUUCAGAAUGCAGGUGCUGAUGCUGAAAAUUUGUGUGAAAAUUUAAAGAAAUGUGUGAUAAGGAGGAGCAGUUAAAAGUAAGGCAGACAAGAGUAAGCAAGUUUAAUGGUUUUUUUAUGCUAAGGCACCUACACAAUACAAGAUUACAAAAGCUUCAUAAAGUUUUUGUAAUUACCGGGACUUAAGUAAUAUUCUUUUGCAAGUGAUGUUUAUUAGUUUUUUGCCUUGCUGGAUUGGGAAAUUUCAUACUUAGUGAUUUCCUUUCUGCAGCUGAGCACGUCAGUUGUGUGGUGCUUGGGGUGCUUUGUGGUACAAAGGGUGGACAUUCAGUUGCACGCUCAGCUUCAGUGAGUGAGCUCAAUAGAAACUGGGUAUCACAUUAAAAACAGACCAGCAUUUUACUAGCGAAAUAGUGUACAUUUAUCAGUAAAGGAUACACAUACAGAAAUUGGAAUGAAUUUCUUCAAGAAGCGUUUACGGGUGAUGCAAGCGGGCACCGGUGCUGGUGGGAGCCAGAGCCUCCCCUUCGGCUCCCCAACAAGAGCUGCUAAAAACUCUGAACGUGAUGAAGGAAAGGAACCUUAGGAGCAGCAGCUGUGACUUGCAGGGGAGCUGCCUCAGGCCUACACCUAAAGAGACACGACUCAUAAACAUUAGUGGCAGGCCACCUUGUUGCACUGAAGAUGUCCUCAGCUGAGGUGCAGGCACAUCUGUACGUGUACAUUAGUAAAGAUGGCCAGAAUUUUUAGCUGGAAAAUGCCCAGUCAGGUCAACCAAAAUAUUACAGAGAGUUUAGCAAAAUAGAGGUAAUGUUACCAAAUGUAAAUUAUGUUUAUUUUUCUGAUCAAUUAGUCAAAGAUCCUAGAAGUAAUACAUCAAAUUGAAACAUUUUGUUUCAGCAUUAUAAAAAUCCACUUUUUUGUCUUACUGCUCAGAAAAAUAAUUGCCAAAAGUUUUGUUUUAGCUCUGUCCGAAACAGUUUCUCCCCUUCCCUCUCCUCAGCUUCUUGGAACUGUUAGGAAACCAAACAUGAGUUAUUCUACAGCUGUAAUCACCAGAGAUAUUAUAGAGCAUAUUUUGACUCCUUCAGCAAUAGGUUUGCCUGAUGGUUUGUUCAUCUCACAACAUAUAACUUAAUCCAUCUGGCUAGGAAGAGCCUGGAUGGAUUCUUGAAAACUCCAGCACUGACAACAUUGUUAUUGAAAGGGAAGCAUUAAUUGUACUUGGAUCAUCUUCCAAAGUAAUUGAGACACUGCUUGCUUCCAGACACAUCAAACUCAAAAGGCCUGCUCUUCCAGCUGUUCUUGGUGUAGCUCGUAACAUCAAGAUGACAGGAAAAAAUUGAAGGACCCUGGAAUCUCAGAUAUUCCAGAAUUUCUUUGUGAUGAUCUGCAACAGGGUUUUCAUGGUAGUGCUACAUGUUAUCAUCUCUGGAGCUGAAAACCAGUCUCUGGAUUUUAUAAAACAGUGAAAAAAAACCUUAAAGAACCAGAUCUUAGUCGGUGCGCACAAAGCAGCCCAUCAGUGCCACGUACACAUCUGGACUGCACAACAAAGGUGCUGGUAGCUACCAUAGAGUCAGAAUUGCUGAAGGCUUACUCUUUGUAAGCCGUAAUGGGAGGUGUUUUAGGACAAUUCUGGAGUUCUUAACCCAAAAGUAUGGCCUCCUAGCAUGAAAGGACAUGGUAUCUUUAAGAUGCCUCUAGCAGGUGCAUUAAGCAGCCCUUGAUUAAGGUUUGAUUCAUUGAAUGGUCUGGCUGUUAACAUUGUAGUUGUUCAAAGCAGUGGGUUAAGACACUCAGUGACAGUUUUAGGUCCCAUGUAGGAAAAAACGUACAAUAACAGCAAUUCCAAGUUUCUGUUGUCUUGGCAAUAUAAGCUAGACUGAAACUGGCUGGAGAAGCACAUGGUUGCAGAUGAAGUCAUCUGGAAGCAGGCAGGGUCCCAGUUACUUUGGAAGACCAUCCAAGUGCAGUUAAUAUUUCCUCCUGAAUAAUUAAGCUGUAUCUGUGGGAUAUAGCCUGGGGCUGGAUGACGAGUAGGUGGGUGAGAUGCCAGCACCCUUUCCAUCUCCUUUGAUCACUUGGGUCCUUUGGUCAGUGUGGAGGCAGAGCUAUAACCAGCGUCCCCUGGGUUUCCCUCCCUAGAAGCAGACAUCAGGAAAAAGCGUGGAGCCACCUACGUGCAAGAUUUACCCCAUAACUUAAAAUCUGGUUUACGUAGGUGGUACAUUAACGUAUUUCUCUCCUUUCGAGUGGCAAAACAGAUUGACUGCUGAGGUUCUUUUUCUGUGCCACCAGACUGACGACACAGUAGAGACACCAUUCUCUGCUGUUAGCUCUGCUGCAGCAACCUGCCUUCUGCUUUUCUUCCAUCCCUUUAAGGUCAUCCAUGGAAACCAUGCUCUCCUCUGCCUAUUUCCUCAUUUCUGUUGUUUCUAGGCAUAGACCCCAACCUUGAGCUUCUAGGCUUGUUCAUGCAGCCUGCUUUCUUUAGCAUUUUUUGUGGUGGUGAUUGAAAACAGGAGUGUUUCUACUUGCCGAGCAGCAAAUCCAUCUCCAAAGGCACAGUAAAAAACCAGAGGGGAAUGUUUUGAUGUGGGUGUGACAUAUGUCACUGUCUAUCAAUCAUAUUAAUUCUUUCUUCAAAUAAGCAGUGUUUUGUUUAAAAUGAGCCUUGCAGUCCAGAGAUGUGACAACAUCUUGAUCGUGAAUGUUACAUUGAAUCCAAUGGCACUCUUUCAAAAUAUCAUCACAGGUAGUGAGGCGUGUGUAGAAGUCCCUGAAAGACAGUCAGAAGAGAGCAGUCUUUGAAUCCGCAGAGCAACGUCAGACAAGCAAAGACAUUUUAAACCCUGCAAAAAUGAAACCGGUCGGCAGUUCUCCAAGUGUAGACAAGGAAGCCUCAGAGCCUAGCCCUAGGACAGCUUCUGCCUUUUCGUUCAUUGUCAUAUUUUGGAAAUAACUUCUAUUUUGAAUGACUUUGCUAGUGAUAUCACUUGUAGCAUCCAUGGUGGCAUUCCUGAGAUGCGUCUUUUUGACUCCAUGCAGCUAGCUGCAUGCCUGCCUUCUCAAGCAAGACAUAGUCAUCUUCAAUUUCUUCUUCAGAUAAAGGGCACAGCAGAGUGAUCUUCCAAAGCCAGAUUUGCCCAUGGCUUUUCAUCUAAUAACCUUAUCUGGUUAGAACCAUAUGGUAGAUGCCACCUUUCUGUUGACCGUUACUUGUUUUACUGUAUUUUUUUCCACUAGAGGUAGGUUACUUCAUCGCUUUAAGCUCUUGCCUAGAGCCUUGAACCUCUACAUAUUUCAGCCUGUAAAGAGGCAUUUGUUCAGAGGAGUCCUUCCAACUCAUGGUGGUGGAAAAGGCAGUUUGUGUAGACACCUUAAUUUUUUCUCCAAAAACCACACACCCAAACCAUCUUUAGUUUAUGUUUUAAACAAAAAAAUA